UUCUGCAUUUUCCUGAUCCUCCGGCAAGGAUUAGCUGAUGUGGUGACUCCGACAACCGAACCACCAGCCAGGAUCAAUGGUGGACAGCUGGUAAACGAGACGGUGCCCUUCCAGGUGUCCCUGCAAAUGCAACGACGUGGUCGCUGGCAGCAUUUCUGUGGAGGUUCUAUUGUAAGUGGCCAGCAUGUCCUAACGGCGGCACACUGUAUGGAGAAGAUGAAGGUGGAGGACGUUAGUGUGGUCGUCGGGACACUCAACUGGAAGGCAGGUGGAUUACGUCAUCGAGUGGUGACCAAACAUGUCCACCCGCAGUACUCAAUGAAUCCUAGGAUCAUCAACGACAUCGCCUUGGUGAAGGUAACUCCUCCGUUUCGUCUGGAGCGAGCUAACAUCAGUCCCAUCCUGAUUGGAGGCUCUGAUCGCAUUGGGGAAAAGGUUCCUGUUCGUCUUACUGGCUGGGGAUCAACCAGUCCAUCCACUUCCUCGGCUACUCUGCCGGAUCAACUGCAGGCACUGAACUAUCGCACCAUUUCGAAUGAGGAGUGCAACCAGAAAGGAUUCCGAGUAACCAAGAAUGAGAUCUGCGCCCUGGCUGUACAAGGUCAAGGAGCAUGUGUGGGUGACUCUGGUGGCCCCCUGAUUAAGCCCGGCCCGCAGCCACAAUUGGUUGGCAUUGUCUCCUAUGGCUCGUCCACCUGUGCCUCGGGCAGACCAGAUGUCUACACGCGAGUGUCCAGUUUUUUGGCCUACAUCAGCCAGGUGAUCAACCAGGAUCUGGCCCAAUAA